AUGUUAUCUGAUGAACAAGUUCCAGCUAUUUUAACGAUCAAAAAUGGUCCUCAAUUUAAAGGAUAUUCAUUUGGUAGCAAUGAUUCCCCCAUAACAUCUGGUGAAGUCGUUUUCACCACUUCUUUAGUUGGCUAUCCAGAAUCUAUGUCUGAUCCAUCUUAUAAAGGACAGAUUUUAGUUUUCACUCAACCAUUAAUUGGCAAUUAUGGCGUUCCUUCUUCCGAGGCUAAAGAUGAGCUAAAUUUGCUAAAAUACUUAGAAAGUCCAAAUGCUCAAUGUAAAGGUAUUGUAGUUACCGAUUAUGCUUGGCAAUAUUCUCAUUGGUCUGCUGUUGAAAGUUUACAAAGCUGGUGUGUUAGAGAAGGAAUCGCUGCUAUUGGUGGUGUUGAUACUAGAGAAAUUGUUCAAUACUUGAGAGAAGAGGGGUCUUCAUUAGGUGCUAUUAUCAUUGAUAAUGGAAAGCAAAAUACUAUUGAUUUGAAUGAAAUCGAAUAUGUAGAUUCCGGAAAAAUCAAUUUUGUUGCUGCAGUUACUACCAAGGCUCCGUAUUACAUCAAGGCAGUAGAAGAAAAUCCAUAUAAUGUUUUAGUUGUUGAUUGUGGUUGCAAAGAAAAUAUUAUUAGAUGUUUAGUCUCGAGAAAUUGUAAUGUUACCGUUGUUCCAUAUAAUUAUGAUCUUUUUUCAAUAGCAAACUUUUAUGAUGGUAUUUUUAUUUCUAACGGUCCAGGCGAUCCAACGCACUGUACGGAAACUAUUGCCAAUUUAAAGAAAAUUAUUGUUGAUAAUCAGGAGUUUUAUGACCUGCCAAUUUUUGGUAUUUGUUUGGGUCAUCAACUAUUAAGCUUAGCCUGUGGUGCUAAAACUGAGAAAAUGAAAUAUGGUAACAGAGCGCAUAAUAUACCAACCAUGGACCUACUAACUGGUCAAUGUCAUAUAACAUCCCAAAACCAUGGAUAUGCCGUUGAUGAAAAAACUUUACCUAAGGAUAAGAUUGUUCCAUAUUUUUUAAAUUUAAACGAUAAAUCUAACGAGGGUAUGAUUUUUUUGGAUAGACCAAUUUUUUCUACGCAAUUUCAUCCAGAAGCCAAGGGUGGUCCUUUAGACACUUCUUAUUUGUUUGAUAAGUUUUUAGAUAAUAUUAAAACAUAUGUUAAAAACAGAAAAAUAGGUAGCGUAAAUACUGAAUUACCAAGCGAUUUGAAUCCAGUUAAUUUACCAACAGAAAGAGUUUCACACAAAUAG